AUGGGAGAGGACGAGGGGGCGGGCCUCGUCGGGGAUGGAAAGGGCGGUGGAGAUGACUUCAAGACGUGUUACCCGAACAAGUGGUACCGUCGAUACGUCCUCUUCCUGCUCUUCCUCAUCGCCACGCUGCAGACCACCGACCGGAACAUCCCGGCGAUCUUGCUGCCCAAGAUUUCUCCCGAGUUUAACAUGACGGACGCGGACGCGGGCAUGCUCAACGGCGCCGCGUUCGUGCUCAUCUACGCGCUCGCGACGAUUCCAUUGGCACGCAUAGCGGACAUGUGCGGGCGCAAGUACCUCCUCGCGGGCUCGCUCAUCGUCUGGUCCGCGCUCACGUCCCUCAGCGGGCUGUCGCAGAACACCACGCAGCUGUGCUUCCUGCGCGUCGGGAUCGGGCUGGGAGAGGCGGGGUGCACGCCCGCGGCGCAGUCGCUCAUCGCGGUCAUGUACGGCCCGGGCGAGCGAGCCAGCGCGAUGGCCAUGCAGCAGCUCGGCCUCGCGGUGGGCACCGCGGCGGCCAACUUCAUCGGGGGCAUGCUCAUCGACUCGCUGGGCUGGAGGGGGGUGUUCGGGGUGCUGGGUAUCCCGGGGUUGGUGCUCGCCGCGUUGAUCGUCGCGACGCUCGAAGACCCGCCGGUGGAACAGUCCAUGGGCAGGUACCAGAGCGUUCCGGGGUCGCCCGGCGGUGAGUCACCGGGGGGUUCGAAGGCUAAUAAGCCGUCCGCGGCGGCUGCCGCGGCGACGUUGACCUCGGGCGCGUUUUGGGCGGAGAUGUGGCGGGGCGUCAAGGACACGUUCGAGCACCUGCGGCGGCGCGCGACGUUUAUACACCUGUCCAUCGGCGUGAUGAUCCAAGUGGGCGUGGGACUGAGCAUCAUGGCGUUCCUGCCGAUAUUCCUGGUGAGAUCUCACGAGAUGACGAUUAAGAGCGCGGGGCUGUCCAUGUCCAUGGUGGGCGGGGUUUUCGGCGCGAUCGGCAUCGUCACCGGAGGUAUCGUGGGCGACUGGCUGGUUCAGGCGAGCGGAGACCAGCGGUGGAUGCUGUGGUUCAUCCUGAUCUGCAACGUCAUCGCGGCGCCCCUGAUGGUCGUCGCGGUGCUCGUGAAGUCCCGGACCGAUUCCAUCUACCUCUCCGCGGUUGUCGUGGCGCUCUUCAUGGUGAUGGUCGGCCCGCCCGGCGCCAUCGUGCAGUCGCUGGUGCCCAACCACAUGCGCGCCACCGCGGCGGGGUUCUUCGGCGUCCUCGCCAACCUCGUGGGCGGCUCGGUCGGCCCGCUGUUCAUCGGCUGGCUGUCCGACAGGCUCUCCGGACGGUACGGAUUGGACUCGAUCAGGUACGCUCUGGCGUACUCCAUGAUCUUCUGCGUGUGGGGACAGGUGCACUGGUACCUCGCCGCGAGGGCCAUGCCGGGGGACAUAGUGGAGAAGACGGCGACGAAGAAGCCGCGGGACUUCUGCGCGGUCGGGGGCGACGAGGACGGGGGCCGGGCGGGCCGGGAUCUCGAGGGCGGCGGCGGCGGCUUUUACGGCAGCCUCGGCGGCGGCUCGUCGGCCGGGGCGGGGCGGCGACGGGGCGGGGCGGGGGACGACACGCCGAAGGCGUCGGCGCGACGCGGGAGCGAUCUCGGGUUCGGCGUGUUCAGCACGCUCAGCAUCAGGAUCGGGGACGAGCCCCGGGAGAGGCGGGGCGGGACGCAUUACGGCUCGGUGUGA